AAGAUGCACUGGAAAUUUUAAUUAAGAGUCUAGAACUGUGCAUUCUUUGAGGCAACAAUGAAGACUGUUUUCGUUAUUUCAAUGGUGGUCAUAAUGGCCAUUUCGCACGCCGAAAUGGACAAAGAACACCAAGAAUGCUUGGAUGAAACGGAAUUAACAGAAGCUGAAGUAUCGGAAUUUCUGCUGGGUGACGAUGCUGAAAAUGACGCAAAAGCUACCAAAUUUUUGAUGUGCAUAUUCAAAAAAAAUGAAGCCGUCAACGAUGAGGGACAUUUCGAUGUCACGAAAGCACAAGAAGUUGUGAAACACUACAUGACGGAAGUAGUUGGCUCAGAAGAUCAACAGGCCCUUGAUUGUGUUCAGGAGAAGGAUACUACUGAGCAGACCGUUCUGGCUUUGGGUAAAUGUGUGGAAAAGAGAAAAGUCGAAUUGAGCAGCUCAAAAUAAUAGUUAUAAAGUUAUUCCAGGGCGUUUUUGAGUUAUUAUUGGACACCAAAUAUUAUCUGUAAAUAAAUAUAUAGAGCAAUAUGAUCGCAAAAGAA